AUGUCCAAGACUUUCGACACCGCUGCCUUCGAGGCCGAGAAGGCCGCCAUCACCUCCUACGAGGAGAACUGGGACUCCUGGGACGGACCCGUCUGGGACUGGCGCUCCACCAACAAGCCCGAGGUUGUUGCCAACAAGAAGCUCGACACCCUCAAGCGCCCGACCCUCGUCCGCAACUCCACCUCUUGCUCCUCCAUCAAGACCAUCUCGUCUGAGACCUCGGACGCCGACUGGCACGCCUCUGCCACCCCCGGCUGCUCCAAGUGCGGCCACGGCAACGCCACCGUCCACAUCUAA